GUGUAUGUGUGUGUGUGUGUGUGUGUGUGUGUGUGUGUGUGUCCACCAUUUUUGCUUCUUAGGGCUGGGAGAGUCUCUUGCUCAUCCUCUCCCACCUGGAUCGAAGGAGAGAGAGAGAGAAAGAGAGAGAGGGAGCUGAGGAGGAGGAGGAGGUGUUUGAGAGGAUGAUGGGAAGAAGAGGGUGGUCAGCUUGUGAACAGGAGGGAGGAGGGAGGGUUUGGUGGGAGGUGAUGAUGAGAUGAAAGGGGCCAGGUGAGGAGGAGACACAACCGACCCCCCCCCCCCCCCCCCCCCCCUCUCUCUCUCUCUCUCUCUCUCUCUCUCUUCCUCCCAUCCUCCUCCUCCUCCUCUUUCUCUGUAACGUGGUGGUGUGUCAGUGUGUGUUUGGCUGUGUGUGUGGGAGAACAGAACAGGUCGGCUCUCUUUCAGCAGACUGUGAACCUGCACAGGAGAAAAGCAGCAGCUCCAUCUCCAGACAGAGAUCUUUCCAACUGGAUGUUAGAAAGAGAAGAGGGAUCCAGCUGCUGCAUCUUCAAAGAGUCCAGUGUAGAUCAUCUGCAGAGCUCCAGGCUAAAGUCUACCGAGGGUCAGCGCCUGUACAGCUCCAGCUCUGCAGCUGCCAUGGCAAACACCACCGUCUGAGCUUUUCUGCGACACCCUACGAAAGGGGAGGAUGGGUGAUGGGCCCGUGAAGUUCAGCGGACUCUCUCCUCUUUAUCCCAUCCUCUCAUGGAGCACCCUGCCACAUCCAGCCCCUCUUGGAACUCCUCUCUCUCCUGGCACCCCUUUUUUCCAGCCUCACUGCAGCCAAAUGCAUCCAACCACACCGAGCCACAGGUCAGAGGUCACAGGGGUGGAGUGGACCUGACACAGUCCGUGGCGCUGUGUGCUAUGAUCGUCAUGGAUGUGUUGGCUGUCGUUGGAAACUUGGCUGUGAUGGUUGUCAUUACCAAAACCCCACAGCUGAGAAAGUUUGCCUUCGUGUUCCACCUGUGUCUGGUGGACCUGCUGGCCGCUGUGGUGCUAAUGCCUCUGGGGAUGCUGUCAGACCGGGUCCUGAUGGAUGAGACUCUGUGUCGGAGCUACCUCUGUCUGAGCGUGUGUCUUGUGAGCGCCACCAUCCUCACCAUUUGUGCCAUCAACGUGGAGCGAUACUUCUACAUCGUCCACCCGAUGCGCUACGAGGUGAAGAUGACCGUGGGGGUGGUGGUUAUGGUGCUGGUGGGAAUCUGGAUUAAAGCGGUCAUCAUGUCACUGCUACCCCUCCUGGGGUGGCUGUUUCAGGGGAAACAGAGUCUGGGGUCCACUUUGGUCACUAUUCCGGGUCAAAGACAGUGUUCCCUCCACUGGACCGGAGGCAGGUUUACACGGCUACUGUUCAUGAUCUUCUUUACGUUCAUCUACUUCCUGUGUCCCAUGCUCAUCAUCCUUGUGGUCUACUGCAAUAUGUUCAAGGUGGCCCGAGUGGCAGCCAUGCAGCAUGGCCCCCUGCCAACAUGGAUGGACACGCCACGGCCACGGUCCGAGUCCAUCAGCAGCCACUCCACAAUGGCCGCCAGCCUUGGUGGGCCUGGCGCUCGAACCACCCCUCAGCGGACCUUCAGUGGGGGGAAGGCUGCGGUGGUCCUGGUGGCAGUGGGAGGCCAGUUUCUUUGCUGCUGGCUGCCGUAUUUCUCCUUCCACCUCUACUCGGCUGUGGUGUCUACCUCUCCGGCCUCGCUGGCCCAGCUGGAGGACGUGGUCACAUGGAUCGGGUAUUUCUGCUUCACUUCAAACCCCUUCUUCUACGGCUGCCUGAACCGGCAGAUUCGAGAGGAGCUGGGCCGUCAGCUGGCUUGUCUCUUCAAGCGGGCCGGGCCCAGUGAAGGAGAGCAGCUGCCCAGUCGAGAAGCCUCUAUUGAGGAGAACUUUUUGCAGUUCCUUCAGGGCACUGGAUGCAAUCUGGAGCCCUGUAACUCUCACAGCAGAGCCAGCCCAGAGGAGCCAGAGACCGAGGGCCAUCAGGAAUCAGCUGUUCAGCAAAAUAUGCCAGCUGACUUCCACAUCCCAGGGCACAUUCUUGAAGAAACCUCGGAGUUCAUACAGCGGCAACAGCUGAACAAUGAGCUGCAUGCAUCAGAAAAAGGCUGCAAAACUGUCCCAGAGCUGUAGCUGCGUCUCCUGUACAUUCUUUUUGCCAUUCAGUGAUCUAACGAUAUAUUUUCUGGUAUUUGCUGAAUUAAUACAACUCUUGUUCAAACUAUGACAGUGCUUUAAAGCUGAAACUCCAGGAAACUGCAAAAACCGGUCUGUUUUUAGAAGAAUUUAACUUAUGUAGCUAAAGAACAUUUUGUUUAUCACCACAUCUAUAUAUUGCCACCUGUUCUGACACUGCAGCAGUCUUAUAUUCUUGUGUUAUGUCAGCAGAUGAACACUGAAGUACAGCUAUAAUAAACACAGUUCAGUUCAGUGCACAUGUUCAGAUAUACUACAUAUUUGCUUAAACAGUUUUCACAGUUUGUACAAAUCUAAAAGAGCGAUUUAAUCAACAUUUUACACUGAAGUCAGAAGGCACUGAGACUAAUUGUCAGAGAGAUUUCAAUUUUAGCUUUGAUGAGUUUUAUUACUUCUUAAAAUAUCAUUUAUUAUAACAUAACCACACAACACUUCCAACUGUAUUUUCCUCCACUGGAUAUUUUUGCUAACACAUGAUGCCAGAAACCCCUUUUCUUUUCUUUUCUUUUCUUUUCUUUUCUUUUCUUUUCUUUUCUAAGACCCAAAGAAGGCCCCUAAUAAUCAGUAGUGCUAACCAAGACAACGGUGCAGCAAAUAUUCUGUUUAUUACUGUUUUUACCAAAAUCUUAGCCAUAAAAAACAUCCAUUCAUGGAACUGAAGUGUUAUUUUGUAGUAUGUUGCAAGAAAACCUUGAGAAGGAUGUGAACGUAAACAUGGUCAGUGACUGUUGUUGUUUCUCUAAAACCACAGUAUUUGUGUAUUAACUCCAAUCACACACACACCUUCAUGUGAGCCAAAAAUCAGUCUAAGAAUAUUGUUUUUCUCAGUAGAAACGGUUGAAUAAGAGCCUUUAAAACACACACACACACACACACACUAUACCUCCAUUUGAAAUAAUAAUUGCGUAGAAUAGGAUCAUUUUACAGCUGGUACUGCUGGUGGCAUUUAUAAUAAACAGGCAGACACACACACCAGUGUAUUUUUACCCAUUUUCCAGGAACAUUAUUAUCAUGUUUAUCUGUUCUUAGUCUUGUGAUUAUCACCUCCUCACCAAAUUCAUCUCACAUUGGUAGACUCGUGAUUUUACCCCCUUCUGCUCAAAGAAAAACAUUGUUGUUUAAUUUCUGUGAUCGUUCUUGGUGUUAAAGAUGAUUUCAUGUAAAUUAAAAAAAAAAACAAAUAAAACAAAUCAGUUCUCCACAGCACAUUAACUGGUGUGCUGAAAUCAGGCUCGAUAUAGAUAAAGAUAAGUUUGGACAAUACAAGCGGUUCCUCGCCACCCUGUGAUGUGAUGUCUGGGCUGUUUACAGGUAAACACUGGCGCAGUACGAGCGCCCUUGUGUUUGUGCUAAAAACAACCAGGCUUGUUGUGGCUACACAGCACACAGGUGUGACAGUGCUUACACAUGGCAAGCUUUGCCUUUGGCCUCAUUUAGCGACGAAUGGAGACACUGGUGAUAACUUUUCUCUGAUCUCAGGUGGAAAACAAGCAGUUUGCACAAGUCACAAAUGCAGUGACAAAUGUUCCAAAGAGAAAAAAAAACAUUCCAAGGCACAAAUCUCUUACUAAACAGCUUUUGUCUUUUUUAUACUUGCUCUUUCUUGCUGCCUUUAUCUAUUUUGGACUCACAACGGACUCUACUGGCAUGAUCACAAGACACUUUCUGCACAAGGCAGACAGGAAGGCUCAUAUUUUGCUGCGAGUCAAAACAAAAAAAAGGUCCCUUUGUCUGAAGAAAACAUAAUGUUCUUAAUUUUUCAUGCAAAAAUGACUUUACUGAUAACAUUUUUAUGUUUUUUUUCCAGACUGGCUUGGCAUUCUGUCUUUUUUUUUUUUUUUUUUUAGCAACAGCAAAAUAAUGUUGAUUUUACAAUGAAAGGUUUCACCCACUUUAAAAAUAAAAUACACCAGUGAGCACAAGACAAAGUCACUGCCAAAUCAUCAAUAGAACAGAAAAAAUCUUUGCAUUUCUAAUUUAUUAUCAUUAUAACUAUCAUGGAAGUUGCAUACUGCAAGACAACAGGGAUUGUUAAUACAUCAAAUAACAUAAACCUGCCAUCUUUAAUUACAUCAGUGCAUAGAAAUAAGGAUUUAAAAACAAAGUAAAUAGAGAUCCUCCAUGUUAAACAUCAUAUUUUUUAUGGCACAGUGUUGUAAUAAAUUCAGCAAAUGAACUAAUCUAAUUAAGCCAAACCCCUUAUGUUGGCCGUACAUCGCCUGGUCAAUCAGAUUAAAGGUUUUAAUCUUGAUUUCUUCUCCCAUCUGUUGAUUAAGAGGAGCUAAUACAAAGAUAUAACCGAACAUUCACUGGCAUUUUUAGCAGCAGGUUUGUUCAUGGUAAAUGGUGACACUACGACGAUACUUCAUUUUCCUUUUCUGUCUUUGUUUUUGUACAUGAACCGAAAAAGACUGUUUCUUUAUGAAGUUUUCUUUUGUCCUUGUUAAGAUUUUCCCCUUGUAUUGGUUUGAAUGAUUAAAGACCAAGCAAGACGAUUAA